AUGUUCAACCAGGAAUUAACCGAAAAUCGGUCUCCCCUGCUGAAUAUAUCAUCUGAAAUCGAGUUCUUCGCCGGUUGUUCUUCGGACUGCGCGCCCAUCCUCUUCCAUCGACACCGAAGCUACGACAAUCUACAUGUUCGGACUUUGCUCAACGAGUCUCAUGGUAAAUGCAAGUUCGCUCGCAUAGCUGCAGUGUUCGUUUAUGCGGCGGUUCUGUUUUAG